AUGUUUGUCACUUUAGGUUAUAUUUAUGGUAGAUUGAUAGACUCCGGGGAGUGCUCAAGUGGCCGGGGGAUUACGCUUGUCUGCUUCGAGCAGGCGGUGGAUGCAAAUGACUACAGCACACCUCUAACUUUCCGUCCACAAGCAGCCGCGGUUGCCUAUGGAAGCCGAAUUUCCUCUGCGCCCGAGCACUUUGAGGUGUAA